AUUCAGAUCGUAUUUACUAAUGUGUCAUCUAACAAGUUUCCAAAUAGGAAUUUUUAUGUUUUCCUUUUUAAAACCCCAUUACUUAUUAUUGCGUCGCUGACGUGCAUUUAUUCGCGAUUAUUGGAUUCAUUUUCAUAAAGAUAAGAUUAGUCGCAUAGUGACAUACACUCGAUGUUUACGAAUCAUGCCACCAACAUAAGGUGCAACUAGCCAGUGCGAAAAUGGGGGCCCGCGAGUGUGUUUACGGUAUAUUCCAGCGGAACGAUCUGCUUAAGGAUACAGUGAGGGGUGAGAGUGCGCGUACGGUGUUACUGGGGCAGAUUUGCAUUAUUGAGGGUUUCCUGAAAGAGGGAGUGCUCCAGGUGCGCCUGCUAAAGGACGGUGCGACAUGGGAUUCGCAUACCUUCAUUUCUGACUCCGAGCAAGUGGUCAUUCCGAUCUGCGAUAAAUUAUGGCCCUACAUCGCGUCUAUCAGUUCGCCCCAGGAACGAGUCAAGUUUGCAAGAGACAAGGUGUUAUGUGAAAAGCUGCGGAUGGUGGAUCUGGGCACAACUGUGGGAUUUAUCGACUCCACGGACGUUAAACUGGGCACCGUUCGCUAUAAGGGCAAUAUUAAAGGGCUGGGCUAUGGAUUUGGCCUUGAAUUGAAUGAAAAAAAGCCCGGUAACAAGUGCGGGGGGCACAAUGCAGGAUAUCAAUACUUCCAGUGUCUGCCCGGUAAAGGCCUGUUUACGACCAUAGAAAAAAUCAUACCGACCUACAAGACUAGUGAGAAGGAAGGUUUGCCUCCCAAGCCUUCGCAAGUCCCCGAAUUGGAUAAUCUGAUGCGGCAAAACCUCUCAAAUUUGACUAAUGGGGCUUUGGAAAAACCAGCGCGAGAAGAAAUCGUCACGAAAUACGGCGAAUACUCGAAGAAACUGUCUACUCCAGCGAAAAACACGCAGCUGAACCACAACUUGAAAAGUUCGCUGUCUUUGCAAAACAUCUUGGAGGUAGAAGGAGGCACGGUGAAUACCAACAAUGACUUUGAUCAGAACACGAUCAUUCAACCCGAUAGAAGCCAACUGAUGAAUGUCGAGAAGCUGAAGAACAAAUCGGACAUGGAUUUGUACGAUCUGAUUGGCAAUUCCUGGACCAAUGGGGAGCUGGUCAAGCCGGAUACGUAUUCCAGCCUGAGGAAGAAGCUGGACAAGAACGACAAUAUCAAGGAGACGUACAACUCCUUGUCGAAUAGUAAUAGCACUUUAAGUUCCAAUGGCACGUUGACCAAAAGCAGCCGGAAUAAAAGCAUGAACCCGUUAACCCACCUGCUGGACAACGGAGGCACGUUGAAAAAGAGCAAGUUUUACACGGAUGGUUUGGAAAAUGGACUGGAUAAAGGGGGCGGCAAAACGAACACGAAAAAGGUGGAAAAUGGGAAAAAACUGAUCGAGCACCAUGCAGGCAAACCUACAGCGCAGUUCUACAUUGUGGAAAAAUCAAAGUACACCGAUCCACCCGUGGGUGCCUCCAAUGACCUGGUUGUGGGCAGUCUGGUUGAGGUUGAAACCGAUGUCACAGACCAGCCAUUGUAUGGUGUGAUCCGAUGGAUGGGCCUGGAUAUCGAAAACAACUUUAUCCUGGUAGGUAUCGAGCUGGAAGAAGAACUACCAGCCGAUUUGCCGCUGACGCUCACCGAUGGCACUCAUAACGGUGAGCGGUUCUUCAAGUGUUCGACGGAUCGGGCGUUUUUCGUGCCGCUGGCGCGCUGCCGCAAAGAUCCCAGAUUCCAGGUGCCAACUACUCCAGUUCAUCAGGCGGCUGCCAGCGACUUUGUAAGUGUCUCAAAGCGCGCAUUUAAGUCCGAUCUAAGCGAAGAAUAUUAUUGUCUUCAGGUGGAAUGCCCGGUCAUCCCAGGAGCAGUGGCGCCCCUUUGCAUGCCCACUGAAGAAGACGUUCAGGCGGUAUGUGGGAAGUACCGCGGCAUCCAGGGCCAUCACAAUUCCUGCUACUUGGAUGUUACGCUGUUCGCGAUGUUCACCUAUACGGCUGUAUUCGAUAGUUUGCUGUUCCGGCCGAAGAACCAGAACGAUAUUGCCGACUAUGAUGAGGUACAGCGGGUUUUGCGGGAAGAAAUCGUGAAUCCCUUGCGGAAAAACUUGUACGUGAGUGCCGACAAUGUGAUGAAGCUGCGUCGCUUGCUGGACAGAUUGAGCUCGGUUUCCGGGCUGACCAGCGAAGAAAAGGAUCCCGAGGAGUUUCUAAACUCUCUGCUGGCUCAGAUCUUGAAGGCCGAGCCAUUUUUGAAACUGAACUCCGGCCAGACCGCGUUUCACUACCAGUUAUUUGUGGAAAAAGACGCAGAGCUGACGCUUCCGACCGUGCAGCAGCUAUUCGAGCAGAGUUUUCUCACCAGCGACAUCAAGCUGACUGAAGUGCCGUCCUGCCUAAUCAUACAAAUGCCUCGAUUUGGCAAAAACUACAAAAUGUAUCCUCGAAUUUUACCCUCGCAGCUGCUGGAUGUUACUGAUGUUAUCGAAGGCUCUCCUCGGCAAUGCAUUGUGUGUGGAAAACUGGCGAUUUGGGAAUGCAAAGAGUGUUUUGCCGAGUGUGCUUCCACAGCUGGUUUGGAAAGCACGGCUUUCUGUACCGAAUGCUUGAAAACGGCACACAAGCACGAAAGAAGGCAACGCCACAAACCGAAGCAGCUGAAUGUGGGCGAGGAUUUCCUGGCCAUGCAGGAGCAAUACAGGCCUCCGAGGUUGUUUAUGGAACUAUUUGCUGUGAUUUGUAUAGAAACGUCCCAUUAUGUAACGUUUGUUAAGUGUGGCGUGGGCCACGAGGCUCCCUGGUGUUUCUUCGACUCGAUGGCCGAUAGAAAGGGUGAAAGAGAUGGCUACAAUAUUCCGGAAAUGGUGGCGUGUCCAGAUAUUUCGCUGUGGCUUUCCGAUGAGGCUUUGUGCAGGCAAUUUCACGAAGAAUUCCCCAAUGACCGACACCUGCCCGAACAUGCCAGACGAUUAUUGUGCGACGCGUACAUUUGCAUGUACCAAAGCUCCGACGUUAUGAUGUACAGAUAAGAUAAACGUAGUAGUUUAAAUGUAAUUUAGGUGGACUGACCUAAGGGGAUUUGUGUGGUGUCUUAUUGCACCUUCAAACUGAUAUAGGAACUUAAAAGAAUUAAAUUAUUGUGUAACAUAAAAUGACAGGACUAUAAAAUCGACGAAACUUUAUGAAUAAAAACACAAUUAUAUAUUGUGUUUUCAACUGUGCGGAAACUCUUCUUGGUACCUGAUAUUCUCGGUACCUACUUAAAUAUUCUGCUGCCCUGAAAGAAAUCGAAUUUUCGUCGAACCAGUGAAAUUUUCCAAUAAAACGGUGCGAAAACUAUCCAUUGUAGCACUAUUCUAUCUGCUUAGGAAACAAUUUAGACGGUAAAAAAAACCAGAUUAGCCACGCAAAUCCCAUAGGUCUAAUGCGACUGAUUUUGCUAACAAAUAAUGUAUUUAGGGUGAAAGAAUGUGCGUGAUCGAAUUAGUACAGGGUACCUACUUACUCAAUAACGUUAACCAACCUCACGAUAGACAAAGAAAAUUUAGUUGUACAGGGCCAGAGAAGUGUUAGAGGUUUUAUUUAGAGCCGCCCUGUACGUGACGCGUUAUAACAAAAUCAUAUCUAAUUCAAUGUUAAAAAAAUGGGCGAUCCUGUAUAUUCGCAUAGUUUAAUUGCAUGUGGUUUAUGUUCUGUACAUAUGUAGUGAAAGAAGAUAAUAAUAUGUUCCUUUCAAGGGCCUUGUAUUUCGUCACAUUUAACAGAUGUUUUCUAAGUAAUGAGAAGAGAUAUUAUAUUAUUAUUAUUUGUUGAAUAUUUACAGUAUUUAUAUUGCUUAGGUUGUAAAACAAGAACACUAAUGCGUUAAGUUUGAUAAAUUUAAGAAUUGAAAAACCUAUCUAAUCUUCAAUAUAGGUCGGUCCAGGUAUACACCUUCGAACAAUAACAAUAACCCAAAGUUUUACGGAAAAAAAUAAACUUUCACUUGCAUUAA